CCACUGAACGAGCAGGGGUAACUCGGGCUAAAUGUGUUUCCAUGCCCGCGAGGGGAUCCCCGCCGCACGUGGAGGAGCAGUGUGCUGCCUCAUCGAGGUCCAUGUACGAGUGCGGCCGUAGCAAGCAAGAAUGGCAAUCCUGAGCCGCUGCUGCUUUGUGUGCAGUGUCCGCGACGGAACGCUCCUCAUAGGAAUCACCUGCAUCGUCUGUCGUGUGUUGGCAUCUGUCGCUUGUGUGGUGCUGCUAGCAUCGUACGCGCAGGAGAACCAUGCAGAGCAAGGAGGGACGGUCAGAUACAAUCUGACAUCUCUGAAGUUGCUGCUGCCAGACAACCUGCUUGUCGUGCUAUUCAGUGGAUUCUUGGUCAUCGGCUUAGUAAAGAAUCGUCGCUACUACCUCAUCCCUUGGAUAGUGUGGGUGUCAGCGAGCUGCAUUAUUCUCAUCAUCCUGUGGUGCCUUCGGGCCAUCAUCGCCAUCAAGGAUCAGGUGCUGACUGAUAUCGCAUUGCUGGGAGCUGCCUUGGUCCUGUUCAGCUUGCAGGUUUACUUCAUACUGGUCGUCUUCUCGCAUUACCAGAACAUGAAGAGUUCGGCUCGCCAAUUAUCUGUUGUUAUAAAAAUGUGAACGGUUGAACGAAGAUCUGUACUGGGAAAUAAAUACACAAAUAAAGAAAUAA